AUGAGCACGAACCUAUCAGCAGCCAACAUUCUCCUCUCCAUCACAGCAUUUCUUGGGAAUUCUCUAAUCCUUGUUGCCCUCCGCAAAGAAACUUCCCUUCAUCCUCCGUCCAAAUUCUUGUAUCGUUGUCUUGCAACAGCUGAUCUGUUGGUUGGUCUUGUUAGCCAGCCUCUCUACGUUACCUGGUGGAUUUCCCGGACUCUAUCCACGAUUCUUUCUCGAUACGCAUCUGACGCAGCUUUCAUUACAAGCGCUGCAUUAUGUGGAGUUUCUUUGUUGACUUCGACAGCUAUAAGUGUGGAGAGACUUCUCACCUUGUUGUUGGGGCUGAGAUACAAACAAAUUGUGACUUUGAAGCGCGUAUGUGUCACUGUAACUAUCGGUUGGGUUUUUUCUUUUUCCGCUGCUUUAUGCUUCAUUUUAGAUAACCGUAUAUCUUUAUGGUAUGGGUAUACUACUAUACCAUCUUGCUUGCUUAUCUCAAUCGCCUCGUACACAAAGAUUUUUCGCACACUCGCUCAUCAUCAGGCUCAAGUACAAGAUCAAAAUCAGCAACGGCCGAGCCAAGUAAACAUACUGAACAUGGCGCGAUACAGAAAGGCAGUGUACAGUGCACUGUGGGUGCAGUCAGCAUUAGUUGUUAGUUAUUUGCCAUAUUUUAUAAAGGGAAUUGUGAUCAACCAGAGGAAAUCAUAUUCACUGCACUUAGAUGUCCUGAAGGAAACAGCGAUUCUCCUAGUUUACUUCAAUUCCACGCUAAAUCCAUUUCUUUACUGCUGGAAGAUUAGUGGAGUUAGGCAAGCGGUAAAACAAACAAUUAGACAAGCACUUUGCUGUCCAUGGAGUUAA